AUGAACAAGAUCUACGGUGCCAGCCGUGCCAACUCCUCCAGGUGUCACCUGGCUGGCUGCUGUGCGGCUCUGCUAUUUGUACCUGCAGCCAGAAUUCCUGAGAAUGGUCUUUUGUCUCGAUAUUGUUCGACGCUGAGAGCCCCUCCCCAUAUAUCCUACUCACGUCGAGAUGUUUCAUGGUCGUGCCCAAUGUUUAGAUGGAGAUUGUUCUGGUACAAGGUCCGAUCGCAUCUGGAAUUUCUAGUCGACGAUCAGAAUUGUGUGCCCUCGAAGCUAUUUCAAUUGACAAGAGUUGAGAACGAUUCAUAA